UUGGGGCUGCAUGAGGUCUGUGCUCUGUGUGUGUAUGUGAAGAGAAGGGAUGUGGGGGCCAUGGGGCUAUUCCUGGGGCCUGCAGUUCCCUAAUAGACACAGUCUAGUGAUUGAUCCCAUUGUUACCCUUUCCAAGGGCCCCAACUCAGAAACCUCCUUCACUGCAGUCUAAGUACUAUCCAUUUCUGAAAAUGUCCUGCCUGUACAAAGCAUAAUCAUCUCUCCUUUGGGCCAGAAGACAAACAAUGAUUCCUUUUUGAGGAUAGAGGAAACAGGUUCCACAAGAUGUAGUAGCUAGCUCCACAUCUCCCUGCUUAUGAGCAAGAACGUAAGCCUUUUCCUUGUGCUGAAACAGUAAUCGCUAUCUACAUGUGGCUACUUAACUUAUUACAAGUAAGUAAAGUUUAAAAUCUGGUUCUUCAGUCUACUGGUGACAUUUCAAGUGUUCACUAACUAUAAGUAACUAGGACCUAUCAUAUCAGGCAAUGUUGAGAAUUAACAGGAUAGUGCUAGGCCUUCUCUAAUAUUUGGGAGUAAACAAGUUGUAUUCUGUGCUUCAUUUUCUUAAUUUGUAAAGUGGAGGUAAUGUGAACUAUAUGACAGUCCCUUGCCACACAAGCACUGAAUGUGUAGUUCUACUAGUGCGGUAUGUGGAAUGUUUAUCUUCCAAUGUGCUAGGCAUUAGUGAUGAUAUCCAUCCCUGCUGUGAGAAAACCUGGAACCAGUAAGAGAGCCAAGUGUGUAAAUAGUUGCAUUGGUGUAUCUCAUUCACUGUGGAAGUUUGGGAGCCAGGAGGGGCAUAUUUACAGAAGAGGAGAUACCAUGAAAAGCCUCAGAAAGGAUUGGCCUGUGAGCCAAGCUGUACGGUUUCCUCCAUAUGGCCAAAAUGAGAAUCUUUUUUUGAAGAGAAUAAGGAAAUAUUAAAGGAAGAAGGGGCUGGGGGUGGGGGCAAGUUGAAUAGCUAUUAUCCCCUUUAUGACACUAUCUCUGUGACCUACCUUGCUGAAUUAGCUGUGCCCUCCUCUGGGGCACAUGGCUAUGUUCUAGCUUUGCAGUGGCCUUUAGAGGUGCUCACAGUAAAGCUGGAUGACUUGAAGGUAUGGCAGCUGGUCACUCAACCCUUAUAGGACAGCCUUGCCUGGGUGAGCCAGCCAGAACCCUUUGUCACAGAUUUCUUUCCCAGAGUCUGAAAGUCCCUAAAACCAGAUUUUCAAACAGAACCAAGAGGGCGGCUGCCCAUUAACCAGUCCUCUCCUGGGAAUAUGCUUUUUGGGAAGUACAAUUCCCAGCCAAAUGGGGUGGGAAAGGUAAUCUCAGGUUGGAGUUAGCUAGACCAGUGCUUGGGGACCCACUCCAAUGUAAGAGCAGAUCUGCCUGGUGACUAAGCUGGGUUCUUAGACCAGGAUACUUUCUUCUCUGAAUUCUGCUUGAAUGGGCAUGUCUAGAGUCUUCUCAAACUACUACUGUUUGGUGCUUCUAUGACCGACAGGCAAGCCCCCAAGUGAUAACAACUAUGAUGAGUGUUUAAGAGUGAGUCUUCUGAGAUCUGUGUUUAGGUGCUGGUUGUGAUGUGAGGCAAAUUACUUGUUUUGGAGCCUUAUUUCCCCUGUGACUUUUUAGGAUGGUGUUUUGCCACUGCCUCUAAAAUGAUAAUUUAAUGGUCUUGGCCUGGGGGCUGGAGCAUAACUUCUGAUACAUUUCUUCUGCAAGUGGCUAAAAUGAUGAUCUGUUUUUCCAAGUCACUGAGAGGGGGAGUGUACUUUGCACAUUCUCACUAUUGCGCCCAUAAGCAGCCUGGGCUUUCAUAUUUAUCCCUAGAGACCUUACUGUCUCCAUCUGCUCUGGCUUCCCCCCGCCCCCCCAGGGCUGUCACUCAGACUUCCCUCUGCCUGGAAUGCCAUUUGCUGUUCCCUUAGUGCCUCCUGACUCCUUACAUUUAAACCUUCCACAUAAAUGUCAGCCCUUCAGAGGACAUCCUUGACUGCCUCCUUUUGCGUGGCCCUUCCCAGUUUCAGGUCACUGCUUGUUUACUUCCUUUAUACCAGUAGCUAUUUUAUUUCUGUUGCUUGUUUCCCUACAUUGGGAGACAAGUGACUCCGUGAGGUCAGGGACCACUUAAAAGCUUCUAGCCCAGACCCUAGAUGGUGGAAUGAGCCAAGUCCUGGGGCCUUUGCACAGUGGAACAGCUGGAUAAGGAACCAAGACUCUGGGACUAAUACUGAUUGCAGGGCCAGUGUUCCCCUUCUCCGCCCUUAAUGCCCGGCUCUUCAAGGGUGUGUAGAAAGGCCCAGAGUCUGGCUCCCUGUGGAAGCCCAUGCUCCACUAACCCAGGACCUGUGACAGCUCCGGAACUCCCCACCCACCAUCCGAUUGUGCCCGGGGAAUGGUUGCCCAGGUGACAUCAAACAGAGGGCGGGGCCAGGGAGCGAAGGGCGCAGCUUCGAGCAGGCGCGCAGAGGGGAGGCGGGCUCCUGGACGUUGGGAGGGCGCGCGCGGCGUGGGGCGCAUGCAGGGCCCGGGCGCCACGCUAUGCCAGAACACUCGGGAAGUGGGGCUCGCGCGCCAGGGCUCGGCCGCCUGCUACCACCGGGAGGGCGGUCCAAGUUGCCACUGGCUGCGGAAGCCACAGCUGCCACAGCUGCGCACCAGUUCUCCCGCCCCAUGGCCUUGGGUGCGCAAUGCCGAGUUGCCGAGGCCCGCCUGCGCCAGGCCCGAGAGGGUUCACACUGGCUGCAAACGCUGGACCCGCAGUCCCGCCUCUGCGUGUCUACCCGAGAUGCUCGCCCAAGCCCAGAGCGCUGCGGAUCCCCACUCCCUCGAUCCCCUGCACAUCCAGGCGCUGGAUGAUCCCCCGCUACCGCAGGACGGUGAGGCCCAGGGCGGUCUGCCAGUCUUGGCCCGUGGUGUCUGCGGUGACAAGACCUGGGAGCGGCAGAGGGUGGGCGUUCAGAUGAAGAGGAAAAAAAAGGAGCUGGAAAAGCCCUGGGCUCAGCCUCUAGCAUACCCCGUCCUUGCUCCAUCACGUCUCUCUUCAGGUUCCCUUGUCCUCUGGCGAGGAUUCUCCAAGACAUCUCACAUGGGCCGGCUCAGAAACGCCAAAAUCCACGUGGAGAGAGCUAUCAAGCAGAAGAAGAUCUUUAUGAUUCAAGGCCGUUACCCGGUAAUCCGGUGUCUCUUGCGCCGGAGGGGCUGGGUGGAGAAAAAGAUGGUCCAUCACACAGGCACCAUCAUUCCUCUACCUAAGAAGGACCUGGAUAGUUCAACAAUGGGUGACAGUGACACCACAGAGGAUGAGGAUGAAGAAGAGAAUGAGGAGUUCCAGCUGCCACAGCUGCUUGACUUGGAUGGAUUUCUGGAAUUUGAUGACCUAGAUGGAACUCAUGCUUUGAUGUCCCGCAUGGUUCGGAAUGAGAUUCCCUACCUCAUCUGGACCACACGGCGCGAUGUGCCGGACUGUCGCUUCCUCUCCAAGGAUCAGAUGAUAAACCACUAUGCCCGGGCUGGCUCCUUUACCACAAAGGUGGGACUGUGUCUCAACCUCCGGAAUUUGCCAUGGUUUGAUGAGGCUGAUGCCGACUCCUUCUUCCCACGCUGCUACCGCCUGGGGGCUGAGGAUGAGAAAAAAGCCUUCAUAGAGGACUUUUGGCUGACAGCUGCCCGCAACGUUCUCAAACUGGUGGUGAAGUCUGAGUGGAAGUCAUACUCUAUCCAGGCAGAGGAAGAAGAGGCCCCAGGAGACAAGCACCCCAAGAAACAAGAAAAAAAGCCAGUGACAGUGUCCUCAGAAUUUGUGGAUGAGGCUCUGUGUGCAUGUGAGGAACACCUCAGCAACCUGGCCCACACGGAUAUUGACAAGGAGCUGGAGGCUCCGCUCUACCUCAGCCAUGCGAGCUGGUCCCUCUUCCUCCAGCGCUACUACCAAGUAGUCCACGAGGGGGCAGAACUCAAGCACCUCGACACUCAGGUCCAGCGCUGUGAGGACAUCCUGCAGCAACUACGGACCGUGAUACCCCAGAUGGACAUGGAGGGGGAUCGAAACAUCUGGAUCGUGAAGCCAGGAGCCAAGUCCCGUGGAAGAGGCAUUGUAUGCAUGGAUCACCUGGAGGAGAUGCUGAAGCUGGUGGACGGCAACCCCAUGGUGAUGAAGGAUGGCAAGUGGGUGGUGCAGAAGUAUAUCGAGCGGCCCCUGCUCAUCUUUGGCACCAAGUUUGACCUGAGACAGUGGUUCCUGGUGACUGACUGGAACCCACUUACUGUGUGGUUCUACCGUGACAGCUACAUUCGCUUCUCCACACAGCCCUUCUCCCUGAAGAACCUGGAUAACUCGGUGCAUCUGUGCAACAAUUCCAUACAGAAGCACCUGGAGACCUCGUGCCAUCGACAUCCGAUGCUGCCCCCAGACAACAUGUGGUCCAGCCAGAAGUUUCAGGCCUAUCUACAGGAGUCAGGUGCUACGAACGCCUGGGCCAGUGUCAUUGUGCCUGGCAUGAAGGCUGCUGUGAUCCAUGCACUGCAGACCUCUCAGGACACCGUGCAGUGCCGGAAGGCCAGUUUUGAGCUCUAUGGUGCAGAUUUUGUGUUUGGUGAGGACUUCCAGCCCUGGCUGAUCGAGAUCAAUGCCAGCCCCACCAUGGCACCCUCCACAGCAGUCACCGCCCGUCUCUGUGCUGGUGUGCAAGCGGACACCUUGCGCGUGGUCAUCGACCGGCGGCUGGAUCGCAACUGUGACACGGGAGCCUUUGAGCUCAUCUAUAAGCAGCCUGCCGUGGAGGUACCCCAGUAUGUGGGCAUCCAGCUUCUGGUGGAGGGUUCCACCAUCAAGAAGCCCAUGGCAAUGAGUCAUCGGCGGAUGGGGGUCCGCCCAGCGCUCCCCCACCUGCUGACCCAGCGAAGCGCUGGGGAAGCCCCUUCCCACUUCCCCAGGCUCCAAACCAAGACCCAGCUACCUUCUUCCUGUGAACUCCGACCCCAAGGCCAGGUCCUCAGACUGCAGUACAGCAAGCUGGUGGGCUCUACGGCCCUGUCGACCACAGGCAAGGCCUUGAUGACUCUACCUACAGCCAAGGUUGUGAUGGCCCUCCCAUCUAACCCUGAACUUACGCUGGCACCCCGCAUCCUGAAGCUGGGAAAGGUGGGCCUCAAACUCACCUUCAGGGUCCCCAUCUUGGAAGUGCCUUGUGGUCUCCGCCCUUUGAAGUUGGAACUCUGCCUAGCAUCCACAGGAAGGUCAAGGCCAAAGGCAGUCUGCAGCAAACCUAAGGUGGAGGCGUGCCCCGUGAAGAGGCUGAGGCUCCCUACAGUCCCUUAGUUCUGCAUUCCAUAGGCUGGGGGAAUGGAGGAUAUAAGGCUAGAGAAACCCCUGCUCUUGACCCUCACUGCCUCUGUCGUGGCUCCAGUGUCAAAUAAAAAGGAGUAAAUGACAUAUUCUGGGCUUGGUGCCACUGCUGUUGGAACAGAUAGACUGUGGCCCACUACCCCAAGGCCCAGGGAAGAACUAGAGGCCAUUAGCAACUUUUCCAUGCAGCAAGGCCCAGAAUUCCUACCUAGUGACAGACACAGGGAUUCCUAUUCAGGGACUCAGGGUGGGGGGCGGGGGGGGUGUCAAUCUUAACUAUACAGAUGAGGAAACUGAGUCUGAAAAAGGGAAUGUGGUUGCCCAAGAUCAUGUGGCACUGAGUAGAAGGCAGGGACACAUUGUCACAUCUGCUGACCAAGGGCUGGCUCUCAAGUGGCAGAGCACCUGCCUAGCAAGCAUGAGGCCCUAAGUUCAAACCCCAGUACCACAAAAAGAAAAAAAAAAAACCAAAACUGCUGACCGUCAGGAGUCUAACUCUGUAAGUUAAACAGGGCCGGCAGAAUGCCAUCUAAUGACCAAGGAACAUUUGAUGAGACGGGGAAGAAUGACCUUGUCUAAACCCCUUCUCCACAGGGUGUGGGUCUGUCUGCUCCUCAGCCAGGAGCCAAAGCCAUCUAAGAAUGGGGUAUCCAAUAAGCCUCACCCAGGUGAAG